UGAAGUCUCAAGUCAAUAAACUUUGUGAAUUGUGUUUGUGUUUCUAAUUGGCAAAUUUUUUAGUUUUUUUAAUUUAAUUCGAAUAGCACUAAAUUAAAAUUGUAAUAAUAGUGUACUAGCAUAAAAAUGGUCUUAAAGUUAUAUAUAGAUUUCUUGUCCCAGCCAUCAAGAGCGUUGUACAUAUUAUUAAAAACUGCUAAGUGCGAUUUUGAAAAAAAGUUGGUCGAUUUGCGAAAAGGUGCACAUUUUACUGAUGAGUUCACAGCCAUAAAUAGAUUUCAAAAAGUGCCAGUCAUAGAUCAUAAUGGGUUUAUUUUAACUGAAAGUGUUGCGAUAAUAAAAUAUCUAUCCCGCGAAAAUCUCAUCCCGGACAGCCUGUUUCCCAAGGAAAGUAAAUCACAGGCAAGGGUUGAUGAGUUUUUGGAAUGGCAACACUUAGGAUUGCGCGCAUACUGUGCCAUGUACUUUAUAGUGAAGGUUGUAAACCCGAAAUUCACAGGGAAAUCACCCAGAGCAGAAACUCUAAUGGGAUUUGAAAAGAGGAUGAUAUCCUCUUUGGAAACGUUUGAAAAGCACUGGCUACAAAAUGGCACAGAGUAUAUAGCGGGUGAUUCUAUUACUGUGGCAGAUUUACUUGCGGCUUGCGAGUUGGAACAACCAAGAGCAGCAGGUUACGACCCAGCUGAAAACUUCAAAGAUAUUUCGACCUGGUGGAAGAAAGUGCGAACGCAUUUCAACCCUUACUACGACGAGGCACAUGUUGUCAUUAACAAUCUUACCCAAAAAAACAAGUUAGCUGCUAAGCUGUAAUAUAUUCCAUAUCUGAAUACAUGUAUAAAAGGAAAAUGGACUGACUGACUAACUGACUGAUCUAUCAAAGCACAGCUCUUGGCAGCACAGUGAUUAGUUGGUGCCUCAAAAUGGUUAGUGCCUUUAUUUUUGUCUCGAUCAUAUUUUGUGUGGGAUUACGUAACAGAAUACUAAUUUCAUUCCGUGGAUAGGGAUAAGGGUCAUUACUCGUUAAUCAUAAUGUUAUGACUGGUGUGUUAUGUGGUGGUAAUAUACCUAGAUUAAAAAAAAUAUAUAAUAUAUACAUUUAUACAAUGUUAAUAUUGUACAGUUAUUAUAAUGCAAUAUUUUAUAUAUUUUA